CAUCAUAAUUACGUUGCAAAGAUCAGUCCGCGGUGUGUUAUGAAUGGAAUAUAACGUGUUUUAAUAAGUCAGGUGUUGGCAGAGUUAUAAAUAAAUAAUUAUUUAAUAUAAAGUGGAAAUACCGAAGGCGAAACGUCAUAACGUUAAUGUUGUGCCUUGUCAACGCUAUUUAUUAUAGUUGGUGUGUCUUCUUUUUUUAAAUUGUGAAUCGUCAGUUAUUAAACCUACAUAGUACUUAACCUACUUUGAAUUAACUUUACAUGAUCGUGGCAGAAGCUUGGAAGGCGAGCUACCUCUUCUGGGUGUUCCCAGUCAUCUUCGUCUUAAUAAUAUUCGCGGUCCUUGGUCUUUUCGGUCUACUGCUAGCCGUCAGACUCUUUGCGAAGUACACGUGUGGACGAUUCCGGAAGAAUACGAGGAUGGACGGGAAGACCGUGAUAGUAACUGGCUGUACCAGUGGUAUUGGCAAGGAAACUGCCAGGGAACUGGCUAACAGAGGCGCUAGAGUUAUCAUGGCGUGCAGGAAUCUUGAAGCAGCUGAGAAAAUUAAAGGUGAAAUAAUCGACGCAACGAAAAACCCGAAGGUUCUCGUGAAGAAACUGGACCUGAGUUCGUUUGCCUCUAUCCGCGAGUUCGCCGAAGAUAUCAACAAAACUGAGACAAAAUUAGACGUUUUGGUCCACAACGCAGGAUACGCCAACACUUUCAAGAAACAGAAGACUGUGGACGACCUCGAAAUGACUAUGGGCACGAACCACUACGGACCGUUCCUGCUCACACAUUUACUAAUCGACUUGUUAAAGAAAAGUGCUCCGUCAAGAAUCGUAGUCGUAGCAUCAUCGUUAUACAGACUGGGUUCCGUCAACUUGGAGAACCCCAACCCAGUGGACUCCCUACCAGGAUACUUGUACUACGUGUCUAAGGAAGCAAACAUCCUAUUCACAAAAGAACUAGCCAGAAGAUUGGAAGGAACUGGUGUGACUGUCAACUGCCUUCAUCCUGGUUUAAUCGAUACUGGUAUUUGGAGGUCAGUGCCUGCGCCGUUGAGUUGGGGUUUAACUUUGAUCAACAAAUGCUUCUUCAAGACGCCGCAGCAAGGAUGCCAGACGUCUGUCAUGUUGGCAGUGGAUGAGAAACUGGAGACCGUCACUGGGAGGUACUAUUCUGAUUGCAGCGAGAGCAGCGUCUCACGGUCUGCGAGUGACAUGGGUAAGGCGAGGAAACUGUGGGAGGUGUCCGAGAAGAUGGUCAAACUGGGAGAAGAUGAUCCAAGGAUAUAGUGCUCGACAUUUAUUUUUUAAAAUAGUUUUGUUUACGGUUUUAUGCCGCGCAAGUCCCCGUUCCCAUAAUAAAGUUAUUCUUGUCCAUUUUCUUCUAAAGUUUGUUAUAAUGAUUUACAUGGUAUGAUAAAAUAAGCAAGGUUUUGAAAAUGUGUGCGCUAUAAACCACAUAUUUUGUUUAAUAUUUAAUGUACUUAUAAAGAGAUCUGUAAUGUACAACGAAUUUAUAUAAAUUAAGUUAAAAUAUUAAAUGUUUUUAAGCUUAA